UGCACCAGGUAGAAAAACCUCAUGAAGCUUCUCGCUCCUCGGACAAAAUUUAGGGUUUUAACUUUUAACUUUUGUUAGACUAGAAAAAACGAAAAAGAAAAAUGACUCAGGGUGGGAAAUUGCUCCCAAAUCUAGAUCAACAAAGCACCAAACUUCUCAAUCUCACAGUUCUUCAACGAAUCGAUCCAUAUGUUGAAGAGAUCUUAAUCACUGCAGCUCACGUUACUUUCUACAAAUUUAAUGUCGAACUUAGUCGGUGGAGUCGAAAGGAUGUGGAAGGAUCUCCCUUUGUUGUCAAGAGGAACGCUCAGCCUCGCUUCCAGUUCAUUGUGAUGAACAGGCGUAGUACAGAAAAUUUGGUAGAGGAUUUACUUGGAGAGUUUGAGUAUGAGGUUCAGGUUCCAUACCUCUUGUACCGGAAUUUGGCGCAAGAAGUAAAUGGUAUUUGGUUUUAUAAUUCAAGGGAGUGUGAAGACGUUGCAAAUUUGUUUGGCAGGAUAUUUAAUGCAUGCUCUAAGGUUCCUCAAAAGCCAAAAAUUUCUUCAAUUAAAAGUGAAUUUGAGGAACUGGAAGCAGUCCCAACCAUGGCGGUGAUGGAAGGCCCAUUGGAGCCAUCGUCUACAGCUGGCACUACUGUCACAAAUGUUCCUGAUGAUUCUCCCUUCUUUAACUUCUUCCAUGUGGCUCUGAAUUUAGGGAAUGCUUCAAGCACAGCAGCUCAUGGACGACCUGACCAAUCUCUGCCAUCUUCUCUUUCUUCUUCCAAUGAACCAAUUAGUGCACCCUCUCCCCCACCAGCCCAGCAAUUACCAUCUCCUGUUUUACCAGCUUCUUCUGCUCCUCUUUUACCUAUUCUUGAUUCCCUUGAAUCUAGUAGCAGAAACAACAGCAACAACAGCCGUCUCACGAAUCUAGUAAAACCCAUUACAUUUUUCACACCUUCUCCAUACUCGUCGCCAUUGAUGAUACCGACAACAUCUUUGUGUAUACCUACUGCUCCUUCUCUUCCACCUCCUCCUCCUCCUCUUCAUCCGCCGGUGGGUCCUCAACGACCAUAUGGUACUCCAAUGUUACAACCCUUUCCUCCACCCAAUCCACCACCUUCGCUCACUCCUGCUUCUGGUCCUGGUCCAACAUAUAGGCCAGAAUUUACCCGAGAAAAAGUUCACGAUGCACUUCUGAGGGUUAUUCAGAAGGACCAGUUCAUUGAUAUGUUCUACCAAGAACUUCUGAAUAUGCGUAAUACAUGACUAGUCUAAAUUUUAGGUUGUAAAUGAGGUCUACUACUUACUGUCCAUAAUGUAGUUAAUUAAUCAGGUGAAUUUGUAUAGUUUCUAUCAGGUAUGCAAUUUGUCUAUGACCUUGGUAAAUACUUAAUUUAAGUUAAAUGCAAUUAUGUGAUUUUUUUUUUA